CAGUCUUAUGAUUCGGAGAGGGGGGGGGAUUUACGCAUAUAUAUUUUUUCUUCCUUUUAUUUUUUUUAUUUUUUGGAUGAGGGGGAGAACUGUCCACACUAUGGUAAUUGUUUCAUAAUACGUCCAUCGCUGCAGGGUAUGCGCUGGUUUGCACCAACCAAGAUCAAGUUCCACUAGUUGAAACGUUGGUGGGACGGAGAAGGGGGGGGAAAAAGCUACAGAGGAUAUCGGAUGACCAAAUGCAGAGCUGCAGAAAAAAAGACGGGAUCGGAUUCUCGCAUCCAAAGCUGGAGGAACAUAUCCACUGAUCUCCGGUCGAUUUGGACGCACUGGCAAUUCAAAUAAAGAGACCUUGGGCAGAUCUAUACAUAAACUGGUACAAGCCGCACCACUGGCAGCAGACGAGGGGGGAUUCGUGCCUCUCUCCUCCGCUUCGCCAGUGCGCAUGGAUGAAAGUCACAGUUAAAAUGCAUGCGGCAAGUCUUGUCUGAUGUGGGAUUACCGCGGUUUUAGUCGCUCCCUUUUUUCAACCAUGUUCGAACUUUGGUUUUGGCUCUUUUUCCGAGAUGACACUGCUGAUUUCAGUCGCCGCUGGAAGAAUACGGGAGCCCGUUUUGCCACUCUGGCUGUCACGUUAUUGGCGUGAAUGAGACUGUAGGCUGUAUGUGCGCUUCCAUGCCUGGUUUAUGGCGCUAAACACCGAGGAGACUUGACUAGAUUUUUUUUAUUUUUUAUUUUUUUUUGUAAGAGAAAAAAAAAACGGCCAAGAGAAGGGCGGACGGUGAAAUCCAUGUUUUCAGUGAGGUUGGAGCCGUGAUUUUUCGGGAUGCUUUGGUGUUUACCGGGAUCAGCACGGAUUGCUUGAAUCGUAGCAGACGGAUAAAUUGCGCGUCCUCAUGUUGUUUGGACGGAGGUGGAGAGAAGGAAUCCGACAGUUCCCGACCCCCCCUCCCCACCACCUCCACUGUUACCAAGUCGUCGGGUAUGCGGGAUGACACCUCAUACUGGUACCACACUUGAGUGAGCUGGGGCAUCCUCUCCCAGGAAAAAUGCAUAUCUGGAUCCUAAAAAUAAUCCUUCUGAUUGCAUCAUCUCUGAGGCUGGUUGAGAUGUAUGACAAUUAUGGGGAGAUCUGCCGAAACCUGUGCACAUGCGAGGAGAAGGAAGGGAUCCUGACGGUGAGCUGCGAGAACCGGGGCAUCAUCAGACUGACAGAGAUCAGCCCGGUCCACUUCUCCAUGUACCACCUCCUGCUGACGGGGAACCUCCUGAAGAAGCUGUCAGUCAAUGAUUUCAUCAAUUACACCGGGGUGACCAUACUGCACUUGGGGAACAAUGAUGUCUCCGAGAUCGAGUCGGGUGCCUUCAAUGGACUCCAGGGAUUAAAAAGGUUGCACCUGAACAACAACAAGAUCGAGGUUCUGAGGGAUGACACCUUUGCGGGGCUGGAGAGUUUGGAAUACCUACAGAUUGAUUACAAUUACAUCACCAAUAUUGAGCCCAGCGCCUUGAGCAAACUGCACCAACUGACGGUGAUGAUUUUGAAUGACAACCUGCUCUCAGCCCUGCCUCCGAACAUCUUCCGGAAUGUCCCCCUCACGCACUUGGACCUGAGGGGGAACCGGUUAAAAAUGUUCCCCUACAUUGGCCUCCUGGAGCACAUGGACAAAGUAGUGGAAUUACAACUGGAGGAGAACCCGUGGAAUUGCUCCUGCGAGCUCAUCGCUCUCAAGGCCUGGCUGGAGAGCAUAGCCUACACGGCUCUGGUGGGGGAGGUGGUCUGCGAGACGCCGUUCAGGCUCCACGGUAGAGACCUGGACGAGGUGUCCAAGCAGGAACUCUGCCCGCGAAGACCCCUCGAAGACACGGUGAGGCCUGCACCCCCUAGCAGCACCAAUGGAUAUUACCAGACCACACCAGCUGCUGUCACAGCCUCGGCCACCUCUUCGGCUGUUUUUAGGUCCUCUUCUAGGCCUACCAAGGGCACACGGCAAUUUAACAGAACUAGGUUAAAGCCCACUUCUCGAAUACCAGGUGGUAACCCGUACAACUAUGGCCCCAUCAUUGCUUUUCAGACCAAAUCUCCUGUGCCUUUGGACUGCCCCACUGCCUGCACAUGCAAUCUGCAGAUAUCUGAAAUUGGGUUAAAUGUCAACUGCCAAGAGAGAAAGAUUGAAAGCAUUUCUGAUCUCAAACCCAAGCCAUACAAUCCGAAAAAAAUGUAUCUCACUGGAAAUUACAUCCCUGUGGUACGGAGAUCCGAUUUUGUCGAUGCCACUGGAUUGGAUUUGCUUCACCUGGGAAACAACAGGAUAGCUCUGAUCCACGACCGGGCUUUUGGGGAUUUAACCAACCUACGUAGGCUGUAUUUAAAUGGUAAUCUCAUGGACAGGCUUACAGGAGAGAUGUUUUUUGGUUUGCAGAACUUGCAGUAUCUUUAUUUAGAGUACAACAAAAUCAAGGAGGUCGACGCGGGCACUUUCCGCUACCUCCCUAAUCUCCAGCUGCUUUUCCUCAACAAUAACCUCCUGAAAACGUUACCCGUGGGCAUCUUUUCCAGCCUCUCCCUGUCGAGGCUUAAUCUGCGCAACAAUCACUUCCAAAACCUGCCCGUGAGUGGUGUUUUAGAUCAACUGAAGCUGCUGGUGCAGAUAGAUCUGUUCGAGAACCCCUGGGACUGCUCCUGCGACAUAGUGGGGAUGAAGAUAUGGCUGGAGCAGCUCAGCGCAGGCACCGUGGUGAACGAGGUGGUGUGUGAGACACCCAAACGCCACACAGGACUGGACGUUCGCUCGAUCCAAUCGGAGCAGCUCUGCCCGGACUACUCCGAUGCUUACGUCUCGCCGACUCCCCCUACGGACGAGCCCAGGGAUGACCUGGUCGUCACCACGGACGCUCCGCCGAGGUUCAACACCCCCAGCAGCACCGUCCCCCUCUCCGUCCUCAUCCUCAGCCUCCUGCUUGUUUUCAUCAUGUCUGUCUUUGUGGCCGCUGGGCUCUUUGUCGUGGUGAUGAAAAAGCGCAAAAAGUCUCAGAGCGACCGCACGAGCACCAACAAUUCAGAUGUCAGCUCUUUUAACUUGCAGUACAGCCUCUACAGCAACCGCUCCGGCCCUAAAGUCAAAGCCCCGGCCGGCCACGUCUAUGAGUAUAUUCCUCAUCCCAUGGGCCACAUGUGCAAAAAUCCCAUUUAUAGGUCGCGGGAAGGGAACACGGUCGAGGAUUACCGUGACCUCCAUGAGCUCAAGGUCACAUACAGGAGUACCCCGGAUGAGGAGAGGGAUAGUAGCACGAUGAGGAGCCCUACAUACAGUGUUAGCACCAUCGAACCGCGAGAAAACCCUUCCCCCAUCCAGGAUGCCGACCAUUUCUUCAGAGGCAUCCUUGAGCCGGACAAGCAGUCCCCCCAUCAGUCCAUCCCCUCCAUCCCAGCAGGGGCCAAUUUAGAGUACAAGUACACAGGGCCUGUGUCGUACACGUACAACCCAAAUUUUGAUGUCAGACGUCAGUUCUUGCACCCGGAGAGGAUAAGAGAAACAGUGCUCUACGGCACAGCACCCAGUACUGUUUAUGUCGAGCCCAACAGAAACGAAUACUUGGAGCUAAAAGCUAAACUGCAGUCUGAGCCCGAUUACCUCGAAGUUCUUGAGAAACAGACCACCUUUAGCCAGUUCUGAGCAACAGAAUCAUUAAUGUAAUGAAGCAUUUUCUCUCUUGACCCCUCCUUGAAGCAGUGGCUCAGUCUAUAGGGUGCCUUGGCACAACACAAACACAAGCGAAAACGAAGGAGUUCAAACGGGGUGUGCCGAACAAUCUUAUUCUUAUUUCUGAAACAUGACAUUACAGGAAUGGAUACAGCUUUCUGAAACACGGAUGAACAAAAUUGCUCUACUUAACUGAUGAUGCAAAAUCUAUUUUUCUAUGGUGAAGAUGAUCGAAUAACACACAAAAUGUAAGUGUACAGGUAAAUCUUACCCAACUUCAUUUUCAGGAAUAUAACCAUACAUAAGGUAUAUUGUGAAUCAGAAAAAGAAAUGUUUAUAAAAAAACAAAAGAAUCACUCCUGGACAAAAACACUGUACAGCAGAUCAUCAAAACUGUGUAGGACUAUUUUCUGCUGUAGUCUGUAAGUAAGUAUUUAUUGAUAUAAUCUGCCAUGUCUUUUCAAAACUUUUGAUUCUACAUCAAUAUUACCUGUGUCAUCAUACUCCAUGAUCCUCUGGAAAGGCUUAUGUUUGUAGUUUCAUUUACUGUAGCUCUGCAUUGUAAAAGUGGCUUUUUUUGAAAGUGGCACACCCCCAAAUGUUCAAAAACAGACUGCGUCAUUUGAAGAAGAUGAAAAAAAAAGUGUCUUUGUAUGCUUUCUGCACUUUUUGGAAUUGGAAGGCGGGUUAGCCUUCACUGAGCUCUCAUAAAGGAGAUUAUUAUAUUAAAAAUGAAUAUGGGUAUUCAUUCUUAAUAUGUAGAAUUGAUAUGUUAUCAAGACAAAAAUUCAUAAAUGAUAUUUGAAGUAUGACUUAUGUUGUGUAAUACUGAUAUUUUAAUCAAUGUAACACCUAUUUUUAUACAAAGCAUUGGCAGAUUCUCUAUUACUUAUCGGUUUCAUUUGUUUUUUUUUUCAUUUUCUUUUGAUUGCUUUGCACUUAUUGCACUAUAUUGACCAAAUUAUGUUAUUGUCAUCAAAUAAACAUGAUGUCAGGUUCAUAUAAUGUGCUUAUGAGGAAAACUCAAGCUGCUGGUUGGUGAUAUGAAGGAGGGGGUUUGGUCCAGUUGGAGAAAUGAGUUUUAUUUUGUAAUCAAAUCACAAUACAUUGGCUGACAAGAACUGA